CGCAACCAGACAACGCAAACCAACUCACCAAGGAGCUUUCUUACCACACCGCAACACCUGAAAUCCUAUCUUCGCCAACCGGCUGUCUAUCGUCUUUGAAGCAACUUGGGAUUCAAAACCGAAAAUGUUCCGCAACAACUACGACAACGAUUCCGUCACCUUCUCUCCACAAGGGCGUAUAUUUCAAGUCGAGUAUGCGGGAGAAGCUGUUAAGCAAGGCUCGGUUGUGGUCGGUAUCGUGAGCAAAACACACGCUGUUCUGGCAGCCCUGAAGAGAAACGCAGAAGAGCUGUCCUCAUACCAGAAGAAGGUUAUCCCAAUCGACACGCACUAUGGCGUGGCAUUAGCAGGACUUGCCUCUGACGCCCGUGUCCUCUCCAACUUCAUGCGACAAGAAUCUCUUCGCGAGCGCUUAACAUAUGGCCGCCCCAUGAACCUGUCCGAAAUCGCGAAUCGAAUCGGUGAGAGGGCGCAGAUCAACACCCAGCAAUACGGCCGACGACCGUACGGUGUCGGACUUCUCAUCUCCGGCGUGGAUCGGAACGGCCCGCACCUGUUCGAAUUCCAACCGAGCGGCAUGGUCAACGAGAUGCUUGCGACCUCGAUCGGCGCGCGAAGUCAGAUGGCAAGGACGUAUCUUGAGAAGAACCUGGACCAGUUCGCCGAUGCGACGAAGGAGGAGUUGAUCAAGCAUGCCCUGUCGGCGCUCAAGGAUAGUCUAAGUCAAGAUAAGGAGUUGACGGUGGAUAACACAAGCGUUGGGGUGGUGGGUGGUGGGGAUCUCUUCAAGCUAUACGAAGGUCAAGAAGUUUCUCCUAUGCUGGCAUCCGCCUUCGGAGAAGGAGAAGGAGAAGAGUCUAUGGAGGUUGAUACAUGAGUGGGAGCGAGGUCCUGAUACGAAAAGGCCGGACCUCUCGACUUCGAGAUUGCAUUACCGGAGUUUCGAGGAGGGGUUGCUCCGGAAUGAUUUAGCUUCUGCAGUAGAUUUCCGGUCACGAUAUCCCUGGUCGAGCCGUGCAGUUCCAUUUUCAGACUCACCUGGGUGAGCAUGUCGUUGACCCAAGAUCAUCGGCACGGGAUCGGAUCAUCGAGAUGAACAUGAACCUUUGCGGUUGCACCCUCACCAAAGAGUCGAAACAUGGCAACCCUUUUCUGUUCUUGCUCAUUAAUGGAAGCGAAAAUAGUACGACCUCUUACACCUGAUAAUUGUUAUCCAAGUUUCUUGUAGACUAUCGAGUAGAUUGUGUUUGUAGUCGCAUAGCAGUGGAGUGGUAAUCCAUGCCAAGACGCCCC